GCCCAGCAGCCAUCACACACGCUGGCCUGUGGUGGCACUUGUAUGUGUGUUUCUAAGUCAAUGAUGAGGGUAUCAGAACCGAUACUGGACAUGGAGAUGGCAAAUUACAGUGAAGUAUUGGACCCAACUUACACAACUUUGGAGUUUGAAACUAUGCAGAUUCUGUAUAAUUCGAAUGAUAGCUCUGCUCCGGAGACAACAAGUAUGAAUACCACAGACAAUGGUGUCAACUGCCUAUGUGCCAUAUGUGGGGACCGAGCGACAGGAAAGCAUUACGGAGCAUCAAGCUGUGAUGGGUGUAAGGGCUUCUUCAGACGCAGCAUACGCAAGAGUCAUGUUUAUUCCUGCAGGUUCAGUCGGCAAUGUGUUGUUGACAAGGACAAAAGGAAUCAAUGCAGAUAUUGUCGAUUAAGAAAGUGUUUCAGAGCAGGAAUGAAAAAAGAAGCUGUGCAAAACGAACGGGAUAGAAUAAGCACCAGAAGAAGCACAUUUGAUGGCAGCAACAUCCCCUCCAUUAACACACUGGCUCAAGCAGAAAUUCGGUCUCGCCAGAUCUCAGUCUCCAGCCCCGGCUCAAGCACUGACAUAAAUGUUAAGAAGAUUGCAAGUAUCGGUGAUGUCUGUGAGUCCAUGAAACAACAGCUCCUCGUCUUGGUGGAAUGGGCUAAAUAUAUUCCUGCCUUCUGUGAGUUGCCACUGGAUGACCAGGUGGCACUGUUGAGAGCUCACGCAGGGGAACAUUUACUGCUUGGAGCUACGAAGAGAUCCAUGGUGUAUAAAGAUAUUUUGCUUUUGGGGAACAACUAUGUAAUUCACCGUAACAGCAGUGAAGUUGAGAUCAGCCGUGUGGCCAACCGGGUUCUAGACGAGCUGGUGCGACCGUUUCAAGAAAUUCAGAUAGAUGACAACGAAUACGCUUGUUUGAAGGCAAUCGUGUUUUUUGAUCCAGACGCAAAAGGGCUGAGUGAUCCGGUGAAGAUUAAGAACAUGCGGUUCCAAGUGCAGCUCAGUUUGGAGGACUACAUCAACGACCGGCAGUAUGACUCCCGGGGGAGGUUUGGAGAGCUGCUUCUGCUCCUGCCCACACUGCAAAGCAUCACUUGGCAAAUGAUUGAGCAAAUACAGUUCGUGAAGCUUUUUGGGAUGGUUAAAAUCGACAACCUACUUCAAGAAAUGUUACUGGGUGGUGCUUCCAAUGAUGCUAGUCAUCUCCAUCAUCCCAUGCACCCACAUUUGUCUCAAGAUCCAUUAACUGGACAAACUAUACUUUUAGGUCCCAUGUCAACGCUGGUUCAUACAGACCAGAUCUCAACUCCUGAGACCCCGCUUCCCUCCCCACCACAGGGCUCUGGACAAGAACAGUACAAAAUAGCCGCCAACCAAGCGUCAGUGAUAUCACACCAGCCUCUCUCCAAACAAAAGCAAUUGUGAGAGUGUGUUUACUUCUGAAUGGCACUGCGUAAAUGUGAAAACUUGUUGGUCUUGACAUAACUCAGGAUAGUACUUUUGGCAAACUUUGAGCCAAGGCUUCUUUAUGGUGCUGUUGUAAGGUGGGAUCCUGGUUUUUUUGUUUAUAGGCUCCUUUUGUUUGUUGUCCCUAUUGUUUAAAACUUUGUGGUGCAAGCAGUGUAUAUCUGAAUUUCCAUAUGUUUGUAUAGUGUAUUUUUCCAACUUCCCUUGCACUGUUCCUGAACUAAUGGAAUCUUAUGUACCCCUUUCAUUUGUUGUCUUGAUAUUAAUUUAAAUCUGUAAAUAAUUGCUUCGUUGUGAUGUGAUGCAGAACUAAGUGGUCUUUUUUGACCAGAGCAGUAGAUCAGCAACUCCAGAUUAAUGUACAAUGAACCAAGGUUUUUUGUUGUUUUUCUUUUGUUUUUUAUCAAUUUUAAACUUGCCAAGCAGUUGCUAUAGAACAGGAAAUACUUCUUUGAGGAAGGAUCGCUUGUGGGUAUCCUGUGGCUAAAAAGCAUCUUUCUGGCCCACAGUUAAAUAUGUCCAUCUUUACCUUAAGAAAUCAUAAAAAGCCAUUCCAAGGAUGACUGGCUAUUCCUUAUAAUCUGCCUUUAUUUGAAGAUGUAUACGGAGGUAAAACAUGUUUGUUUUACCAGUUAGGAUAUAGAAAAAAUGGUUUAAGAAAAAAAAAAGGAAACCCUUAAAAUAGUGGCUCAACCAAGAGAGACAUUGAUUUUCUCUCCUAAAACAAUCUAGAAGUAGUCACCAUUGACUAGAACUUAGCAUAUGUCCACAUCCAGUUCCCAGCAAGGCUGGGAGAGCAGCCUUUAGGUGGCAAGCCUUGCACCUCCUAAACUGCACCAGUCAGGGAGAGUGCUAUUAGGAGACAAACCCCCAUCUGUCACCUGUGUGUUGUCACACCUAAGACUCACAGGUAAUAAACAUUCAUAAACCUGAGGAGUAGGAGAGCCACCAGCUUCAUGCCCAGGUCUGCUUGACUUUAGUGAGAAUAAAUCUUUGAGAUGGAAUGAAAAAUGUGAGCUUCUCACUACGGUCUUUAAAUGUAUACAAUUGAGAGAUGACUGAAUACUGUCCAUCCUAUUACCUUAGCACAUACUCACAUGUAAUCAAUGAGUGUAAAUUUGUUGCAACAUGAAUAAGAAACCACUGUUGUAGUUUUCAUGUCUUCGCCCCCACCAAAAAGAAAAAUUUGAAAACAAAUUUUAAAAAAAUAAAAGAUAGAAUCCCAGACAGGUUAUGAUGAAAACAAACACAUUCAAAUCACUGACUCGGCAGAUUUUCAAAAAUCCAGUGGACUGAGGAGUAUAGUUCAUUGGAAACCCUAUUUGAUUUAAAGCUGAAGCUUAUUUAAAACAGUUAAUGUUGGGCCACCUCAGGAAACAGUGACCUCUCUCUCUCUCACACACAUAUACACACCAUACACAUUUAUUCAGAAGCAGGGAAAAACUGGUUGAGUAAUUAUCAGUGAUAUAAAAAACAGUGUCCCAACCUGAAUUCAGUGAUUUUUACAGAACCUCAAAAUUUCUGAAAUUUCAUAAUCCCCACUUAAUUCUAUAAAGAAAAGAGUUCUGUUAAUGUUAACUAACUUAUUAACUCAGAGUGGGAAAUGAUUUAUUAGAAGGUCUUAUUGAUUUAAAUAAAAUCAAAAUUCCUUCAAUAGCUGGUACUGGAAAACUAUAAAAUGCAUCUUUGAAAAUGAAUGAGGGAAGAGGAAAGUUUACUUAACUCUUAUUUUGUGGAAAUUUACUUUAGCGUCUCAGUUUCUUGCUUUUCAUCUUAAAAAUGCAAAUGUCUUUUGUAGACUUCUGUUUAACUUUUUGUGCUGUUCUCUUAAUAGAUAUUUAAAAAAUCUUUAAAAUAUAAAACAUAAAAUUCAUUCUUAGCAAGCCCUUUAACUUAUCUGCAUAUACUGACUAAACAAUUUUGUUUUAGAAAUUAUUGCUAACAGUUUUGUUUUAAUAACUAUGGUCAGGGAAUUUUUAAUAUAAUAUUUUUGUAUACUUAACUGCCAAAAAUGCUGGGCAAAGAGGAACUGAAGUUUUCAGCAUAUUUUCAAAAUAUUGAUAAUGAAACUUACUGCUUUUAUAUAGCACAAAACUUUUUUUCAGGUAAUAAAUAUGAAUAAUUUAUUGUGAAAUAGUGAUUCAUUUUAUAAAUGUAAAAUUAUUUUUAUAAAUUUUAUUGUUGAAAAUCAAAACUUACUAGAUUUUGUAAGUGUUAAAUUAUAGUGAGAUUAAAAUAUUUCCAAACUGUGAUAUGUUGUUUCACUGGACUUUCUAAAUAAAAAUUGAGAAAAAAAA